AUCUGGGUGAAGUGAUUUUUGGAGUGAGAAGAAACGUCAACCAUACAAAAUAAAGUAGACGAAGAAAAUAACAAAGAAAAGAUUGGUAGGAAAAUCAUUCCCUCUCAAUGGAACAAAGCCUUCUUCUAUGGCUAACCUUCCCAUCAAUCUCCCAAAAUUCAAGCAAAUAUUAAUACCCUUGUCUAACUUCACAAACUUAUCUUCACACUUUUUUCCCUACUCAAACUCAAAGGUUCAUUAUCAGCGGCAAAUAUUGAAGAAGAACACCACAUCAUAUAAUUAUCGUCUCCUUUCUCGGAGAAGUUUUGUGGAAUAUGAAGAUGAAGACUAUCUAAACUCAGAAAACUAUAGUUUCCAAGAAGCCGUGGCACUUUUCAAUAGCAGAGAUUAUUACAGAUGUCAUGACGUUCUUGAAGCCCUUUGGAACGAAUCCGAAGAGCCAAUUCGAACACUACUUCAUGGAAUUCUUCAAUGUGCAGUUGGAUUCCAUCACCUCUUCAACCAAAAUCACAAAGGAGCUAUGAUGGAAUUGGGAGAAGGGCUAUGUAAGCUUAGAAAAUUUAACUUUGAAAAUGGACCAUUUUAUCAGUUUGAAAAAGAAAUUUCACAAGUUUUGGAUUUCAUAUAUAGAACACAACUAGAACUUGCUGCAUGUGGUGAUGAUUUUUGUGUAACUCUUGAUCAAUCAGAAAGAUCAUAUCAACUUCUUGGUGGCUAUGCAGCAGGCCAAAAACUUUAUACCUUGGAAAAUGACCAAGAUUAUUAUUACCUUAUUUUUACUUCAGGAAGAUAUGACGGUAAUAUGGAAAAUCCUAGGAUUAAACUUCCAACAAUUGAUGCUUCUGAAGCAAAUUUGAAGGAGUUAGACUACAGUUGAUAAGAGUAGCGGAGGCAGGAUUUUUCAUAAAUUGUGUCGGUUAUUACAGUGAAGUUAUUAAAUGAGUUUGGAGGGUUUUAAGAUUUUACUUUAUGUCGUUAAUUUAUUUAUUUUUCUUUUCAUUAUUUUCAUUAGUAAUUGUCUAAUAUACAUCUAUGCAGCAUUAUUAAAAGGAUCGGGGUCCGGAGAAGAGUUGGACUACAAGGGUCUAUUGUACGCAGAUUUAUACAAUAUUAUUGUUUUUCCAAAAAAAUUAUUUACAUAUGUUUAGUGAA